CCAAUGUCACCAACUCAAUUGCACUUGAUAUGUGUCUUGGGAACGACGGUAUAGAAGGAACAUCCUAAUUCAUCAGCGAUCAUGGUUCAAAUUCCUCUAAGGCCCCUGGAGUACUCCAGAACGAGUCCCCGCUUCUCAGUUGAUUCGAUUGCUCUGCUCUCCGUUUCGGACCUCGAGGAGGAAGACUUGAUCACAUACAGAAGAGCAACCGGCAGACGCCUUCCAUUCUUUAGGCAACUAUCAUUAGGGGCCAUUCUUUUCUACCUCAGGCGUUCUCUUUACUGUGGAAAUCGUCGCAUCAUUCCCCGUCGGUUUGGUGGCCUUGUCCGGCUGGUGAUAGGCUUCUUGAUCUUGUUGGUCGCUUUGACGGGCAUACUGUGGCCCUCGUAUACGUAUCUACCACCGCACUACCAGCUCCUCCACCAACAGGCCUCUCGAAGCGGCAUUACAGGGCGAGGGAACCCGCAUAAUGAGACAAUUUUCAUUGCAGCCAUCCUCUACGACCCGGAUGGUAAGCUAGCCAAUGGGAGAUGGGGACAUGAUUUGUUGCACCUAAUCAAUCUGCUAGGUGAAGAAAACGUCUUCCUCAGCCUCUACGAAAAUGGCAGUGGCAUUAGAGGUCAGAGUGCCCUUCGAGAUCUGGAGGACCGACUGCCGUGCAACAGUUCCAUACAAAUUGAACUGGACCUGGACUUGACUGCAUUCCCGACAGUAACAAUCCCCGGGGGAGGGAAACGGGUGAAGCGAACUGACUACCUCGCAGAGAUGCGGAAUCGUGCCCUUCGGCCACUUGAUGAGCAUCCAGAUAUUAUGUAUGACAAGGUACUAUAUCUGAACGACGUAAUAUACGAUCCAAUUGAUGUGCUUCAUCUCCUGUUCUCUACUAAUAUUGAUGAGAAUGGGGUAGCCCAAUACCGGGCCGCAUGCGCAGUCGAUUUUAUCAAUGCGUUCAAGUUCUAUGAUACAUAUGCCACAAGAGACCUGGAAGGGUAUGAAAUCGGCCUUCAGUUCUUCCCCUGGUUUACCUCAGCGGGGUCGGGCUUGAGUCGUAUAGAUGUGCUGGAAGGCAAAGAUGCUGUUCGGGUGCGCAGCUGCUGGGGUGGAAUGGUGGCCUUCGAUGCAAAGUACUUUCAACGACCCGACAACCCGGUUCGCUUUCGCGCCGAUCCCGAUUUGUUCUAUGAUGGAUCAGAAUGCUGUAUUAUUCACGCCGAUAUCCAAGAUCCACCAUUGGACCGUACAAAGGCCGCAGACACGGGCAUUUACAUGAACCCGUUCGUGCGGGUAGCAUACGACGAGCGCAGCCACUCCUGGCUGUGGGUCACACGGCGGUUUGAGAAAUUAUACCCACUUGUCCACAAUAUUGUCAGCCACCUGGCUGGCUUGCCCCGACACAAUCCUCGUCGGAGCGAAAUUCCCGGCCAGCUGGUCAGGGAUACGGUCUGGGUGCCCGAUGCGACCGAUGCACGCGGGGGCGCAUUCCGUGAAGUGGACCGUGUCGCGGGGACUGACGGAUUUUGCGCAGAUGGAUUUGGGGGAUAUCGGGGGCUUUCAGUGAUUGUGGAGAACCGGCAGCCUGGCCAGGAUGGCUGGGAGGAUAUCCCGCCGCCAUUAAUCUAG